ACUCAUAUUUGAGAGAGAAGGGGUAAGAUAACAAAUAUGUAUUUUUGUUUUUCUAUGGCAAUUUUAAUAUCCUUUGGAAUAUUAUUUCUUUCAACGUCAGGGAAUGGACAAACAAAUUUACCAAAGAAAAUUGUCUUGCGGGAAAACACGAAGACGGGGACAGAAAUUUUCAGAGUGGAAUUUGAUGAAAGAGUCGAAGGUGGCAAUACUCCAUUGAGACUGUAUAACAUGUUUCCCAUCGCUGCUAAUGACAUAUUUGAAUUCAAUGAACGAAAUCAAAGCAUUAUAGUAAAGAAUGGAACUUUACUGGAUUUUGAAGGAGAUGAUAAAGCAUAUGUUAUUAGAUUACAGAAGCAACUUACUGUAACUGAUCAGGAGCUAAGCCAAGAAAAGAAGAGUGUUUUUCUUGCAGUAACACCGUCUGUAGAAGAUCUGACAGUUCUUAUUGAAUUGCAAGACGUAGUGGAAUGUUCCCAGUUUGUUUCAUCGUCGUUGUCUUCUUUUUCCUCGUCGUCAUCUUCUGAGGAUUGUUGUGAUCAUUACAGACGGACCAUUUGGCUAACCCCGGUGUCCUCCAUUUUGGAAGUCAUUGUGAUUGUCAUUAGCUUUGUCAUCGUAAUGAUGUGCUUCGUUAAAAAGGAGAGGAUAACAAGAGUUGAAGCAUUCAGUCCGAGAAAAUAACGAAAGAAAAUCUUUCUUCAACGCUUUAAAUGUACAUUAAUUUAAUACGCUCUUUAAUUUUUUUCUCUUUUUCUCUUUUUAAAGUAAAUCUUUCAUCAAUGAUCCUGUACAUGUAUAUAUGUUCUCAUUUACAAUUGUAUGCAUUUGAUCAUCAAUUAUACAUGAUAAUUAAUUUUAGCAUUUUGUUUUAAGAAACCUUUUAUCAACCAUUUAAUCUUAUAUCCAUUUUUCAUAUAAAAUCUUGAUUCAC